AUGAAGAGCAAGAUACCUGUCAUCCUUCUAGCCUGUGGCUCCUUUAACCCCAUCACAAACAUGCACAUGAGAUUAUUUGAGCUGGCUAGAGAUCACCUGCACCAAACAGGAAGAUAUGAGGUGAUUGAAGGCAUCAUGUCUCCUGUUAGUGAUAACUAUGGGAAGAAAGGCUUGGUGUCUGCCAGGCACCGGAUAGCAAUGGCUAAACUAGGCCUGGAGACAUCUGACUGGAUUCGAGUUGAUCCAUGGGAGAGUGAGCAGGAGACAUGGACAGAGACAGUAAAAGUAUUAAGGCACCAUUAUAAUGAAUCACUCAGGUUGCUCCAGUCCAAGAAGGAAUUAAUGAGAAACAAACAUCCCACAGAAACAUCUUCAGGGGAUUCCCUCUCUUACCAGCACUCAGCUCUGCCAGAAUUAAAGCUGCUCUGUGGAGCUGAUUUUCUACAGACAUUUAAGACACCCAAUCUCUGGAAGGAAGAACACAUCAAAGAAAUAGUGGAGAAGUUUGGUUUGGUCUGUGUUAGCCGUGCUGGGUCUGAGCCGUCUCAGUAUAUCAAGGAAUCAGACCUGUUAACUAAAUAUCAGCACAAUAUCUUUCUGGUGAAAGAAUGGAUCCAGAAUGAGAUCAGCGCAACACAGAUACGCUCUGCCUUGUGCAGAGGAUUGAGUGUGAAAUACCUCAUACCAGACUCUGUUAUAUCCUACAUUGCACACCAUAACAUCUACACAGAGGAGAGCGAGCGGAAGAAUGAGGGUGACUUGCUUCAGCCUCUCAAGUUGCAUAAGACAGCAGUAAACCCUCUGAAUGACUGA